CUUAGAUUCGGUGCGUCGCGAAACGGUUGGAAUUUCACGGCUUGAAUCGCCAAAGUCUAAAGUGAAGUCUCCUCCACAGACUCCCCCCCCCCCCCCCUCGGAACGAAAUGGACCUCGCCCCGUUCGAUAUAGACACAUCGCCCCCAUCGGCGGCCCUACUCGAAGUCGCUCGCCGAGAAUUACGGGAAACUCCGGAAGUACGUGAAACUGCCACCGUUGAACUCCGGAAGCUGCUUCACAAUGCCACCGAUCUGCACUACCGGGAUGACGAUGAUUUUCUGCUUGUUUUUCUCAGACCGUGCCAUUUCUAUCCGGAGAGUGCCCUGAAAAUGAUGCGAAGAAUAGCCGAUUUCAAGAAGAACUACCACCCACUGAUGCACAAUCUCUACCCGGAGGAUGAAAAGCUGUCGUUCAUCGAGCACGGCAUCGUCAACGUGUUGACGAACCGUGACCGCAAGGGACGUCGAAUUCUGAUUCUGAACGUGGGAAAAGUGUGGGAUCCGAAGCAGGUUAGCCCGGAGAAGCUGUUCCGGAUGCUGUUCCUGGUUCAUCUCGUCGCUCAGCUGGAAGCGUCCACGCAAAUAAACGGAGUCGUCAUCAUCAUGGACUUUGAGGGACUCUCGCUGAAACAGGUGCGUGCACUGUCGCCAUCUUUCUCCCGGCUGCUGCUGACCUUCAUCCAGGAAGCCGUCCCCCUGCGAAUGAAAGAAGUCCACAUUGUCAAUCAGCCGUACAUUUUCAAAAUGGUCUGGACACUGUUCAAGCCGUUCAUCGGAGAAAAGCUGAAAAACAGGCUCGAAUUCCACGGCAGUGACACGAAAAAGCUGCACCAGUACAUCGAUCCAAGUGACCUGCCGAAAAACUAUGGCGGCACUCGGCCUCCGCUGGACUACGGUUCACGCGAAUGGUAUCCUUGCAUCGAGAAGUACGUCGAUCACAUCAGCAAAUGGAACACGUACGGACACGCAAACGCACUUUGAUUGUGCCGUAAUUCACCGAACAACUACGAGCAAGGUUAAACGAUUUUAAUGAUAUUAGAAGAAUUGAUUUAUGGGAAGCAGAUAAGUGCUGAUGGCAGGAACCAAAAAAUACCUACUAACUUUUACGCAGAGCAAAGCUACUUAGAAGUGUAGAUUGAUUGUUUCAUUGGAAACGUGCGAAAAUUGAUAAAACACUAAUAAUUUAUUCUCUAAGAUCGAUUAGGCUAAGGGGACUAACUUAAGCUGGAAAU